AUGUACUGGGAGCAAAGCCUUGACAUCAGAAAUGAAUUUGUCUAUAAUUCUAUGAGGCGUAACCGAUUUGAUCAAAUUUUGAGGUUUCUACAUUUGGAAUCUAAUGAGAGUAUUGACAAGAAUGACAAACUUUUCAAGCUCAGACCGUUUAUAAACAAAAUAAAAGACAGGUGUAGAAAGUAUUUUGUUCCAGAAGAGGAUCUAUCAUUUGAUGAGAGCAUGGUCAAAUAUUACGGUAAACAUAGCUGUAAACAGUUUUUGAGAGGCAAACCUAUAAGAUUCGACUAUAAGAUUUGGUGUUUGAACACCACAAUGGGCUAUUUGGUCGAUUUUGAAAUAUACCAAGGAAAAUCGGUUACACCUGAUAGCGUAAUAGAAAGGAACUUCGGAAAAGCGGCAGCACCUUUGGUGAAAAUGCUAGAAGGGCCUCCCGAUAAUAUCAAGUCCUUUCCAUUCUCAUUUUAUUUUGAUAAUUUAUUCACUUCCUUUAGUUUGUUGUCGUACCUGCGCUUGAAAGGAUAUGGAGGAACAGGGACUAUGAGAGAUAACCGUAUACCUAAGGGCUGUCCAUUAUUGGAUAAGAAACAUCUGCAGAAAAAGGAAAGGGGGUAUAUUGAAAAUGUAAUCAGUAGGACUUGA